AAAAAAAGAAUAUAUGAAACAUUAUGCUGGGACUCUAUAAAGCCAUGGACAUUAUAUCAUGAUUAUAUGUUUAAGUAGCUGAAAGUCAUUUGUAGUCUUAAUAUGCAUGGAUGAUAUAAUAAAGGACAUGAUGAACAUGGGCCUUAAACCAAAAUAAUAAUAAUAAUAAUUGUGAGAUCCGAGAACCAGGAGAGACUCACCCAAAUUUGUCUAAACUCAUGGAAGAGGCAAAUGGGCACAAGAGGCUCUUGCUGAUACCAAGGCUCCUGAUCCUCAGGCAAAGGAGUGAAGUCUGCUCUGGGUCCCUUUGUGGUCACCGAAACUAUUGACUGAAAGAAAACUGCACAAUGUGAAAUCUGAGUUAAGUUUUAUUUGGGGAAAUUAUUGAAGACUAUAGCCCAGAAGACAGCCUCUCAGAUAGCUCUGAGGAACUGCUCUGAAGAGGUAAGGGAGGAGCCAGGAUAUAUAUAAACUUUUUGCUGGUAAAACAUGUAGUCAAGCAUCAAAAGAUUACUGCUAAUCACAAAGAAGAGAAAUCUCACCGAUUUUAGUGCUUUUCUCUGUAUGGGAAGAUGCAACAAUCUGGGGUCAUUUGAAACUUUCCCUUAGAUAUGCAUCUUAACUGUCUAAGGGCCAAUAUAUCCAAAGCCCAGAAUGUUUCCUGUCUUUCUUCAUCCUGAAUUCCUCAGAGUACACUGUCUGUGGGCAACUACAAUGGCUAAUAGCUUGAUCAUUGUAGAACUGGAAUGGCAGGCAACACUUUUUUCUUUACACAAGAGAUGAAGAAUGAGCAGAGCUGGGUCCCAGGAAAACCAAAGCCAACAGAGCAAACCAAGUACAUUACCAAGUACAUUACGUGAUUCUUCAACCAUUUCUUUUUCAUCUCAUAGGAAGCUUGGAUGUUUCUUUCCACCAAACCCCUUCUAAAUCCCUCACAUAAACAAUAUUUUUCAAAAUUCAGUUGAGUAAGGAAAGAUCUACUGAGAAAUAUGACCCCGCUUCCUGAGACUUUAAGCCAGUAUUUAGCCAGAGAUUGAAAAAGUAGGAGGAACAGUACCCAAGUAAUGAGGGGAGGAGAAACCAUUUCUCCAAGGCCUUUUCUGUCUCUACAUGGCUGAGUUCAGACUAGGGAAGACAGGGGGGAAUGAACUAUGAAGCUGCUAUGUAUUAAAUAGCAAAGAGAAAAGUCAGGAUUGUGGGUACAAGUCAUUCAUAUUUAUACAAUAAACUAUAGGCUAUUCUUUUUUGUUUCUUUGUUUGGGGACUAUGGGUAUCAUAGAAUGGGGGCAAAGAAAUGGGAAGGAAAAACCGAAGAAGUGGUUGUGGCUGGGUUGUUGGAACACUUCUCAAAUUGCGUAAGUGAAAAGGUUUGAAAAACUUUACUCUGUGCUAACCUUUAAAUCUUGGCUCCCUCACAGCUCCUGGAAGAGAUCAAUCAGGUUAGUUUUCCCUUUUCUCUGUUCCUCCUGGUCUCUGGGCAUUGGUCCUCCCAGCCAGCACUGCCUGUACCCAUAAAUGAGGCCCGUGGUGAUGUGCCAACAUCAGUGGUAUUGCUACUCCGAGGUCACACCUGUUGCAUUAGUGGGAGUAACUCCAAAAGCUUUUCUUCUCCUCAAUCCUCCAUGGUCUACAAACUUCAAAAAUGACAGAGUGACUCUUACAUGCAGAGAUUCCCUUUCUCCAGCCCAAGGAGACAUAUCUUGGUAUCAUAAUGAUCAUUUGUUGGAUAAUAAAUCUGAAGAGAUCCAAAUACACAAGACUGGAUAUUACAAAUGCAAGACUCGAAGAUCUUCUCCCAGUGACCCCGUACAUAUGGAUUUUUUAUCUGACAGACUGAUCAUCCAGGCUCCACACCCUGUCUUUGAAGGAGAUGAUGUUGUUCUGAGAUGCCAGGGGAAAGAAGCAACAAGUGAAACAGUUUUAUACAAAAAUAAAAAAGAAAUUAGGAAGAGUUAUAUAUCAAACUUCACACUAAAUUCAGUCUCCAGGGACAAUGGCAAAUAUCAUUGUACUGCUUCUAGGAAAAGCUUUUGGGGAAUGAAGAGAGACAUUUCAAAACCUCUAACAAUUCAAGUUCAAGAGCUGUUUCCCCCUCCUGUGCUGACAGCCAGACCCUCCCAGCCCAUAGAGGGGAGACCGGUGACUCUGAAAUGUGAGACUUGGCUCCCUCCACAGCGGUCAUACAUUCAGCUUCAAUUCUGCUUCUUCAGAGAAGAGCAGGCCUUGGGAUCAGGCUGGAGCAGCUCCCCAGAGCUCAAUUUACCUACCAUGUGGAGUGAAGACUCAGGGUCUUACUGGUGCCAGGCAGAGACAGUGACUCACCAUGUCAGGAAAAGAAGCUUGAGAUCCCAGAUACAUGUGCAGAGAGUCCCUGUGUCUGAUGUAAAUCUAGAGAUCCGGCCCCCCGAGGGGCAGCUGAUUGAAGGAGAAAAUCUGCUCCUUAUCUGCUCAGUAGCCAAGGGUACAGGGACUGUCACAUUCUCCUGGCACAGAGAGGGCACAGUGAGAAGUUUGGGAACAAAGACCCAGCGUUCCUUGUCGGCAGAGCUGCAGAUACUCACUGUGAAGGAGCAUGAUGCUGGGAGAUACUACUGUGCAGCUGACAACAUUCACGGUCCCAUCCUCAGUAAACUGAUUAGAGUCACACUGAGAAUUCCAGUGUCUCGCCCUGUCCUCACUCUCAGGGCUCCUGGGGCCCAGGUUGUGGUGGGGGACAUGAUGGAGCUUCACUGUGAGGCCCGGAGAGGCUCUCCCCCGAUCCUGUACCGAUUUUAUCAUGAUGGUGUCAGCCUGGGGAGCAGCUCAGUUCCCUCUGGAAGAGCAUUCUUCAAAUUCUCUCUGACUGCAGAACAUUCUGGAAACUACUCCUGUGAGGCUGACAAUGGCCUGGGGGUCCAGCUCAGUGACAGAGUGACUCUCAGUGUCACAGUUCCAGUGUCUCAUCCUAUCUUCACCUUCCACCCUGCUGGGGCCCAGGCUAUGGUGGGAGAUGUGUUAGAGCUUCGCUGUGAGGCCCAAAGAGGCUCUCCCCCGAUCCUGUACUGGUUUUAUCACAAGAAUGUCACCCUGGGGAGCAUCUCGGACCCCUUUGGAGGAGGAGCAUCCUUCAACCUCACUCUGAUGGCAGAGCAUUCUGGGAACUUCUUUUGUGGGGCUGACAAUGGCCUGGGGGUCCAGCGCAGUGAGAUGGUGACACUCAGCGUCACAGGGCCUUCCAGUAACAAAAUAACGCUUAUCACCGAGGGGGUCACUGCAGGACUGCUAAGCAUCCUUGGCCUUGCUGCUACUGCUGCUCUGGUGUGUUACUUCAGGACCCAAAGGAAUUCAGGAGGACUUUCCACCACUGGAACACCUAGUUACAGUCCCAAGGAGUUUAAGGAACCUUCUAGAACCUCCCACACAGACCCCCAAGAACCCACUUACUCUGAACCACCAGACCCAAUGGAACAGCAGCCAGUGUACAGCAAUGUGGAUCUUGGUGAGAGCAACCUGGUUUAUUCCCAGAUCUGCAGCAUCCAAGAUACAAAAGAAAAUUCAGCAAAUUCACCAAAGAAACACUGGGAGGACAAGGAGCCUGCAAUCAUCUAUUCAGAGUUGAAGAAGGCACAUCUAGAUGAUUCUGCAGGGCUGGCCAUCAAUCAAGACAGGGACCUUGAAGAUGCUGCAGAAAACUAUGAGAAUGUCCCAUGUGCACUGUCAGCCAUAGACCACUAGCUCUGUACCCAUAGUGGCUCACAGAGACCCUGAGAAGCAGCCUGUGUCAUUAUCUCUGUUAUCUCCAGCCAUGCUACCUCUUUCCCUCCAGGGCUCAGCAUCCCAAGAGGCUGGGCUAUAGGGGACAUCAGGCUGGGUGAAAGCUCUGCCAACUUCCUCUGUGCCUGAGUCUGUGUAUUAUCUAGGAACAUAGUGAUCAGCAUUUGAGUAAAUUCUGCAUUCAUUUCACAGUAGAGACACAUGUGAAGGCAGGGCAGUUGGGCCUUCAGCUUCCGGGCCUGUUGAUGAGAAAGGAGAAAUGGUCUAGCCAGGAUCAUGAGGAUGCAAUCGUGACCGGUUAAUCUAAGUGGGAUCAAAAUCUUUUUAUGGACUAUCUCUACAUAAACAGUUUGUUCUAAACAUCUUGUUUCCACUUUUGUGGGAUUGAUAGUGGCAUGGCUGAUGUUCUGUUGUACAUGCUUUGUUCCAGCUACCAAAUUGGAAACAACCAAAAAGCUUUGUUCUAUCCACAUAUAUACUAUUUCUUCAUGAACUAUACAUCAGUAUUAAGAUUUUUUAAAAUAACACAUUCUAUUUAAUGGGAGAGAGCUUCCAAAUUGUCUGAUUAGAUAGGAUAAUGGACUGAAUUGUAUUCUCUCAAAAUUCAAUGUGACUAUACUUGGAGAUAGGACCUUUAAGGAGAUAAUUAUGGUUAAAUGAGGUCAUAAGGGUGGCCCCCAGUUGAAUUGGACUGGUGUCUUUCUAAGAAGAAGAGGAGACACCAGAGCCCUCUCUAUCUUUCUUCAUGCACACAGAAGAAAGGCCAUGUGAAGACACAGCAAGACAGAUAUCUGCAAAGCCUGAAGGUGGCAGGAAGAGAGGUCUUGCCAGAAACCAACUCUGCCAGCACCUUGAUCUUGGUGCUUUUCUCACUUCUAGAACUGUGAGAAAAUAGAUAUCUGAUGUUUAAGCCACCUAGUCUGUGGUAUUUUGUUAUGGCAGCCAGAGCAGACUAACACAAAUUUAUACAUAGAUACAUAGAUGACAAAUGAUUGAUGACGAUGAUGAUGAUGAUAGAUAGAUAGAUAAAGAUAGAUGCAGGUAUAUGACACACACACACAUACACACCCCAGCCCACACAGAAUUUGUAGUCUUCAAGAUACUUCAUCUCUCAUAAGAUCAAACAUUCCUCCUAUAAGUUGCAGCUCAGUUUUACUGUUUAAUUAUUCAACAUCCACUAUUUGAUGGCUACAGAAGCAUCAACAUCAAUCUUGGAAGGUCAGUAGAGCCAAUGAUUUACAUGACUCAGAUGGUAAAGCUUAGUGUCACUCAGGAGCCCUCAUGACCUGAGCUGGCAGUGGGUGUAGAGAUGCAAGGCAAUUAGUAGGCUCAAAGGAAGACAUCCCCUUCCAUUGCUCAGUGACUCCUAAUCAAUUCCUCAAUUGACUGACAGAUAUUGGGUGUCUACCAAUGAAGAAAAAACAUUUUUUUAAGUAUGCCAGCAAAAAUGUCAGAAGCAGUUUUAUUCAUAAGUUCUGCUGAGGCAGAAAAGGAAUAAUUGAAAUUGUUAGCCUCUAUCACCUAGUGUUACACUGAACUUUUUUAGCUUUGAAAACAAUAGACCUUAAGGAAAGAAGCUAGAAGUUCACUGAGAACUGAUGCACCUCAACUGAUACAAUUUAUGGACAUCAUUGAUUUUACACCAGCCAUUGUUGAUAACGUUAAGUAAAUAAUGAAAUGAUGCUUUGCAAACCUUGAAAACACCUCAAGCAUAAAAGUAUUGUGUAUUUCAAAUUUUAUGUUUUUCCCCUUGGGUGUCAGAAGCUUAGACAUCAGGAAGUAUAACAUAUAUCAAAAUGCAAUCUGAUUUGAGGCUUUUAGCCUUGACUAAUGUAUUCAACUAACAAGAUCAUUUGCCAAGGGAAAAAAUGAUUGCCUUCUUAAAGAGGAAAUACAUAUUUUUAUUAUGAAAGAGGGACUUACCAUUCUAGUUUCCAUAUUAGUAGGUACAAUAUGCAAUCCAUGAUAUAUGCCUGGCCUUUAGAGGGAGAAAGGAAUCCAGGUGUAGUCUGUGUCUGUCCUUAAAUUUUGCUCCAAAUGCCUCCCCACCUUGAGCUCCAGAACGAAUAAGGUAUACAGGAGAAGGGGAACAUGACAGUAGAUCCAGCUGUGGGAAACCCAUCUAAAAGAGUUGUGACAAAAGGCAGGUUUUCUCUCUUGACUUAAGAGAGAAAAAAAUCCUUAAGGGAGAAAGACAGGAUUGAGGUAGCUUCCCAUGGACAGUGAGAGCCACUCUCCAGGAGUGCAUGCAAGAGGUGCAAGCAGCACCAAGGACAGCAACCUAUAAGACGGACAGAAUCAGGAAAUGCCAGCAAGAAAUGGGGACACCAGAGGGGCUGUACAGCCUACAGAAUAGUUCCGAGUGUAUGGAGGACCUCCCUCCCAGAACCCCUUAUGCAGAUCUUCAAACUAAGGGCAAAUAGUAGUACCUGUAAGCAGUCAGGGAGAGUCGAAGGAAUAUUUGAGAGAAGAUUCAUGAGGCAAUUAUUUUCCCAACUAGUCAGGAAGGUAACAGUUGAGGCAUUAAGAUGCAAGACAUUACUAUAAUUUCUUUCUUUAUAUUUAUUUUAAUUUUUUACAAAUAAUUGAAUAAUUUAUGCAGAGUAAACUGCAUGGAUUUAAAGUGUACAAUUUGAUGAAUUUUGACAAAUAUAUGCAUCCAUGAAGACACUACCACAAUCAAGAUCCCAAAUAUCUCCGUCACCCCCCAAAGUUUCCUUAUCCUGUACAUAAUACUUCUUUCCCUCCACCUUUAUCUUAUGCAGUCAUUGAUAUGCUUUCUGUCACUGUAGAUUACAAUGUAUGCUGUAAGAUUUUAUAUAAAUAGAACCAUAGAGUAUAUACUCUUUUGUGCCUGGCUUCCUUCACCAAGCAGAAAGAUUUUGAGAUUCAUUCACAUUGCUUCAUGAAUCCAUAGUAUAUAUAUAUUUUUUAUUGCUGAGUAAAUAUUCCAUUAUAUGUAUAUACCACUUUUGUUAUCAAUUUACCUGUUAAUGGACAUUUGGAUUGUUUCAUUUGUCAUUAUUAAAAAUAAAGCUGCUAUGAAAAUUCAUGUACAA